AUGUUACUCCAACCCACAACCUCAAAACCCCCUCUUUACCUUCGCAGCCACCAAAAUCAUGUCUACUCAAAUUCAUUCCCUUCUAGGUUUCAUCAGAAUUCAACUUUUCCUCUUAAACAAGCUGUUGUUUUCACUACUAAAACUCAUAAAAAUCCAGUAUUUAUUACAUGUUCUUCCAUUUCACACGUCCACAGCUAUGGAACGGUUGACUAUGAGAAGAGGCCUGCGUUGACUUGGAAUGCUAUAUACAAGAGAAUAUCUAUGAUGCAGAACCCACAUAUGGGUUCUGCUUCUGUGUUGAAUCAGGUGGAAAAUGAGGGCAAAAAUCUUACCAAAUGGGAGCUUUGUCGAGUGGUUAAGGAGCUCAGGAAGUUUAGGCGUUACAAAUAUGCUCUUGAGGUGUACGAAUGGAUGAAUAACAGAGGAGAGAAAUAUAGAAUAACCUCCAGUGACACCGCUAUUCAGCUGGAUCUGAUUGCCAAGGUGCAUGGAAUUUCAAAUGCCGAAGAAUACUUCAUGAAGUUGCCAGAUGCCUUGAAGGAUAAAAGAAUAUAUGGUGCUCUUUUGAAUGCAUAUGUGCGUGCUGGGAUAAGGGAAAAAGCUGAAUCCUUAAUUGGUAAAAUGAGAAAUAGAGGCUAUGCCAGUCAUGCGCUUCCAUUCAAUGUGAUGAUGACACUUUAUAUGAACCUUAAAGAUUAUGAAAGAGUAGAGUCACUAAUAUCGGAGAUGAUGGAGAAAAACAUAUCAUUAGAUAUUUAUUCCUACAACAUUUGGUUAUCAUCUCGUGGCUCUCAAGGAUCUUUGGAAAAACUGGAACAAGCAUUUGAACAAAUGCAACUGGACACCACCAUCAAUCCCAACUGGACUACCUUCAGCACGAUGGCUACCAUGUACAUUAAGUUGGGGCAGUUGGAAAAAGCGGAAGACUGUUUGAAGAAGAUUGAGACUAGAAUUACGGGUCGAGAUCGAAUCCCUUAUCAUUAUCUCAUGAGUCUCUAUGGUAGUCUUGGUAUCAAAGAGGAGGUGCAUCGGGUAUGGAACAUUUACAAAGCUACAUUUACCACUAUUCCAAAUUUGAGCUAUCAUGCUGUGAUUUCGUCUCUGGUUAGAUUGGAUGACAUUGAGGGGGCUGAAAAGAUCUAUGAUGAAUGGCUUUCGGUGAAAUCAGUUUAUGACCCCAGAAUAGGAAAUCUUCUAUUGAGUUAUUUUGUCAGGAAAGGUCUUUCUGAAAAAACCAAGAUAUUCUUUGAUCAAAUGAUUGAAGCAGGAGGAAAACCAAGUUGUGUAACAUGGGAGAUUCUUUCAGAACAUCACAUCAAAUCCAGGAGGAUUUCUGAUGCUGUGUCUUGCUUAAAGAAUGCUGUUUUAGCUGGAGGUUCGAAAGGCUGGAAACCUAAACCCGCAAAUGUCUCAUCCAUUCUCAAGAUCUCCGAGCAAGAAGCUGAUAUGGCAAUUAAGGAUGACUUACUGGAAGUCUUGAAGCAAGUUGGGUGUCUUGAUGAUGAAGUUUAUAUGUCGUACAUUCCCCUAUCUAAUGGGACAUAUACAGGCAGUGAUUCAGCAUUAGAGGAUGGUCGAAAUGAUAGUGAUGAUAUUAAUGAUGGAGCUAAUGUACUUCUCAGUCAAUUCCAGGAAAGCUUGUGA